UUGACCUCGCACACUACAGCAGCGUAACAGCCUGGAGGUAAGAGGACCAGCGACCUCCUGCGUCUGCUUGCAUUUGGAAGAAUCACCACUGCCUGUGCACGAAUCUGGGCGGCUCAUACCAUGCUAACAUGAAUACCGAUCGCGAAUCUAUCGCUCUCGCCACCCUUCCCGAGGAGAUCAUCUUGCAGAUUCUGGCGAUCUGUAGCGUACGGGAAGUACUCAGUGUCGGAUGCACUUGUACCCGCCUGCACGCCAUCACCCAGCAGAACAUCCUCUGGAUCAUUCUUCUUCGCGACUCCCUCGCCCCCGUGUAUCCUAUUCCCCACGACGUCCUCGCCCCCGACCUCUCUCACGACCCAAAGACCCUUGUCAGACAUUAUGCAGACAUCGGGCGCGCCUGGCUACGCCAGCGAUCGCAGCCGCCCAAGAACAUACUCCAAGGGCGGGACACGAAGGACCCGUUGCUUGGCCUGGAGCUCUUGCAGGAGCAGUGGCUGCUCAUCGUGCGCGUGAGCUCGGUGGAGGUGUGGUAUAUUGGCACGGAGGAGCAUAAGCGGAUCGGAGUCCUCAGCUUCGCGGAGACUGCGAGAUGGACGUCGUAUGCGGCGGCGGUGGAGGAUGGGAAGAAUCUUGUGGUGGUGUUGACGAAUGGGAUGAGUGGUCAGAGCGCCGAGCGCAACUCAGAGGUAUUCCGCGUCCAGCUACGCGUACCCAAGUACAACGUACGGCCCACAUCCUCCUUCGCGUCCAUCCCCAAUGACCCUGCGCAACGUACCGUACAAUGCAUCGACCCUGAGACGCGUCAGAUCGCCUUCAGCCGGCCGGGGAUGGUAGAUAUCGUUAGAUAUCCGCCAGACCCCCUGGAUCCGAACUCAGCACAAGAACAAGAACCCAUCCAAUACGCAAGCAUCUCCACCGAACGCGAAGACCUCGAAGAGCUCUGGAACGGCAUCGUCGCGAUCCGCUUCGUGCGCGAGCAUGUCCUCAUCGUCCGUGCACGAUCAGUGCAGGUGUACGCGAACCCGCUUUUCUCGGGGGACCCCGAGGCGUCGACGACGGACCCACGGGCAUCGCAUCGCACUGCGCCUAGCUCAGCGCAAACCGAUCGUCCCCCACGGACAAGCCGAGCCUCUCACGUCGCCUCCGAACCUCCACCUUGCGUGCAGCACGCCUUCCCCGGAAACUCCUUCCGCCAGGUCUCCGUUUCCGCCCUCACGCAACGCCCUGACUCGCCAAAUACGUACGACGUGCAAAUUCUGGCGAACGAGGUCCUGCAGGGACUCUUCCUGUUCGACAUGACGCUCGUAUUCCCCUCGCGCGCGAGCGCAACCGAGAAGAGCCAGGCGUCGUUACCUUCCAUCCACGACAUACCCCUUCCCCUCCUCGACGUCCGCCUCCGCGGCGUGUACGCCAUGUCGAUGAGCACGCAGCAGGAUCUCAAGCUGCCGCGGAAGAGCGGUUCGGCGUUGCAGAAGCACCUGACGCGGCAGGCCAUAAUGCAUGGUGGUCCGCCUCCUCUUAUGCGCGGCGGCCAAGGGCGGCCGACGAUGGCUAGCGCGUCGAACCAUACGAUGCCCGGAUCAUCUCGCCCGCUCCUGCGUGGUGGUGCAGCACGACCGAUGAUGCCCCCUCUCGCUGCGCCGUCGUUGACUCCCGCAUCGUCCACUGCACAGCACCAUCGCCCGCACGUGCAGUCCUCAUCCUUCGCCCAACCCCAACAAACGUCCGUCACCCUCCACCAAGCAGCACGCGCUGAGUCGCAGUACCAGAUCGUCUCCGCGCGCGGCUUCGUGAGCGCGUUCGCGCUGGGGCCGAGGGCGAGGCGGGCGGUGUGGGUGGAGAGGAGGCGCGGGAGUACGUUGAGGGAGAUCUUCGCAUGGGAUUGGCGGGAGAGCAUGGUGGAGGUGACGCCGGUGGAGGAGGAUGCGGGAGGGUCGAGUGGUACCGUGGAGGAGAUGGAUGUCGAUGGUGUGUCGCAGACUGGUGGAGCAAGGCCGGAAGGUGCUGUCGAUGGGGGCCCGGGUUCUGCCACUUCAGAUGACAACGAUGCACCCCACGCGCUAGCCGUAGAGGCGCCCCGCGAGAUGACAGGGGCGGCCGUCUUUACGCUAGAGUCUUAUGACUUGCGAGACGACAUCACCCAUUGCACUUUCAGCGAGACUGAGGGGAUCAUCCUCUUUGGAACUCGAGCUGGUGGGGUGUUCCUGUUGAGGCCAGGCUAUCAUGCGGAGCUGUAUGCGAGGGGGUGAAAUGGUCCUGAACUGUACAGUAGACAUGCAUCGGGAAGUAUAAAUUAUCUUCAUUGCCU